AUGUCACCCACCCCCGAUGGCGAACGUGCCGCCAAGAAGCGGAAGCUUAACAACAAAAAUUUUAUCAAAGUCGGCAACAAAGUAAUAUCUCUCGAAGGCUACCUUAACCCUCCCGCCAAGAAGGAGAAGGUAGUCAAGCAAGAACAGGCAGUAGAACAGGACCCCGAAAAGACAGCAAAUGAGGCAUCAACGUCUGCAACAAAAGAUGAGAAGAACUCGGAACACACAGCACCAUCUUUCAUCAAGCACCAGUCAAAAAGACCGUACGACAAGGGCAGGCCGAGAUCAGAUCGAGGGCCAAGAUGGAGGGAAGACCCGGCUUUGCUUAAAAUCCGGCAGAAACUGCCUAUUUGGGCUCACCGCGAGGACAUCCAGACCCGGAUGCGGCAAAAAGACGUCCUACUUCUCGUCGGCGAGACGGGUUCCGGUAAAAGUACUCAGGUGCCCCAGUUUCUCGUGAGGGAACCGUGGUGUAGGAGGCAGGUGGUCAACAUCGACGGACGAGAAGCCAGCGUCGGCGGCAUGAUCGCGGUCACGCAGCCCCGUCGAGUUGCCGCGACGACUUUGGCCCAUCGGGUCUCGCGCGAAGCCGGGACGCCGCUCGGUGAGAGUCGCGAAGGCAUGGUUGGUUACUCGGUUCGUUUCGACCAUCAAGUACCCAAGGGGACGAAGAUCAAGUUCCUCACCGAGGGUAUGCUUCUACAGGAGCUGCUGCGAGACCCGAGUUUGAAACAGUACAGCGCGGUGGUCGUCGACGAAAUUCACGAGAGAAGUGUCGAUGUCGACUUGGUGUCCGGUUUCCUGAAGCAGAUUCUCCUGAGCGAUCGGAAGGGCCGUGGCGGUAUCCCUCUCAAGGUUGUCGUCAUGAGUGCUACUGCCGAUGUUGAACGAAUUCAGGGUUUCUUCAACACUGAGGAUGGGAGCAAUGUUGCAGAGGUCGAGGGUGACAAGCCCAGCUCUGUCGAGGUCCUCAGGAUCCAGGGCCGCCAGUACCCGGUCAAGACGAUACACACACCCAAGCCGGUGCCAGAUAUCCAGGAAGCUCUUUUGCAGACCAUUUUUAAGAUACACACAGAAGAGCCGUUGCCAGGCGACAUUCUGGCCUUCCUGACUGGUCAGGAGGAGAUUGAAUCCGCGCAGUCGCUCAUUGAGGAGUACGCUGCAACGUUGGCUUCCAACGUUCCGAAGAUCAAGGUCCUCCCUCUGUUCGGUCAGUUAUCGAUGGAAGGCCAACACGCAGCUUUCCAGCCUGUCAAGGGCGGUUUUACCAGAAAGAUUGUGUUGGCAACCAACAUCGCCGAAACGUCCGUCACGGUCCCUGGCGUGCGGUACGUGGUGGACGGUGGUAAGGCCAAGGUCAAGCAAUUUCGUGCGCGUCUCGGCAUGGAAUCACUUCUGGCCAAGCCGAUUUCCAAGUCGUCUGCAAUCCAGAGGACUGGUCGUGCCGGCCGUGAAGGGCCUGGUAAAUGCUUCAGGUUAUACACUGAAGGCACGUUUGGCUCUUUGGAUGAAACCGACCUACCGGAGAUCCUGAGAAUCGAUGUCCUCGGGGCUGUUCUGACAAUGAAAGCCAGAGGGAUUGAUGAUAUUCUCGGGUUUCCUCUGAUGGACACCCCUGAUAUCGAUGCAAUUGAACGGGCGCUGGUUAGCCUCCAUGGCCUUGGCGCGCUUGCAGACGACGGUACGAUUACCGAAGCAGGCCGCAAGAUGGCUGGUUUCCCUAUAUCAGCACCCUUCGGUGCGGUCCUUCUUGCCUCGGCUAAGCCCGAAUUCGACUGCGUGCUCGAAGCAAUCGAUGUGAUUGCCUGCAUUACCUCUGGCGACGACAUCUUCCAUCAGCUUCAUUCCGAAGAACAGCGCGAGGAGAUUGAAGAACUUCGCAAAGAACUGUACCGUCGCGAGGGCGAUAUCCUAACCUACCUUACGACGAUGCAGCAAUACGCCGCCGAGAACGCCGACCGUAUUCAGUGGUGCAAGCAGAGAAAGGUCAAUAUCCGCAACAUGAAGACAGCCCUCAACAUCCGCAAGCAACUCCGCAGCCUCUGUCUCAAGGAGGGCUUACUCUCGGAAGCACCCCCGCCUGAUCCUCAGCCUUUUACCCCUCUGACCCCCGAGCAAGCCGAGGCCCUGCUCAAAUGCUUCCUUCGCGGUUUCGUCUCCAAGACGGCCGUUCUGGCGCCGGAUGCAAGCUAUGUGACGUCUCAGGGCAAGCAUGUCGUGGCGAUCCACCCAUCAAGCGUCCUGCAUGGGCAGAAAAAGGAAGCCAUCAUGUUUCUGGAGCAUGUGUUCACCCAGAAGAACUAUGCCAAGAAGGUCAGCGUCAUUCAGGCGAACUGGAUCAUAGAGGCGCUGGAGGGUGGCGCAUAG